UCCAUAGCAACGAUCGUUAGUUCAAUAAUAUCGCAUAUUUUCUGCAGUGCUACGGUAUUUCAUAGGAAAAUAUAGAAAGAUGGUGAUUUUUCUUGUGAAGAGAAAUGAUGAGAACCAGUUUUUGUAUGAAACUGAUGUGGAUAAAGAGGUUGAUGAUGUGGUUAAAGAUAUAACUGCUAUCUUCAAUGGACGGCUGAAAGUGACCAGGUUGUGCUACGAGAUUGAUGAGCUGCAGAAACAUGGGACCUUCUUGCCUCCUGAAAUGCAGGGGCUGACUGAUGAACAGAUCAAAGAACUGAAACUGGAAGACCCGUGGGCACAGCGCUGCGCCCCACCAGGUCAUGUGUUCGUGAAGGAUGAGAUGGGACGUCGAUGUGGCCUCGCCCCCCCUCCCAACAUGCAGGAAGUCAUCAAGAAAGCUGCUGAGGACGCCAAGGAGUUUAUCAGUAAGAAGCAUGUGGAUCUCCGCAAAUGUUUGACUCAGAAAGACGUGGCCAGAGCCCUCGACGAGCUCCGUGGUGCGACCAAGAUCGUGUUCCCUGGUGGUCUACCACCACACGACCCAGUUCGCAUGGAGUUGGACAAUGUGGAGGAUUUGAGUGGAACCCAAGCUUCCCUUGAAGUCAUCGACCCUUCUAGAGCCUGUCUUUGGGCGUGUGGCAAGAAGCUGAUUAGUGGGAACAAACUGAGGGACCAUUUAGGGAACAACAACAAAACAAAAGUGACAGUGAAGCUCUGUUCCAACUCCGAGGGAGCCCCAGGCAGGGAGCCAAUCAUGAGUGAGGAGGAACGCAAGCAGCUUACCCUCCACGCCUAUAGGAAGCAAGAAGAGUGGAAGAAGUUGGAAGCCGAUGAAGACGACAGCUACAUGGACUCCAAGUGGGCUGAUGGACAGAACAUGAAGAGAUACUUCCAUGGCCUUGAAAAUAUCUCCUGGAAACCCACUUUCAAGAAGUAGGUGGAUUGGAUUUUCGAUCUUCUGGAGAUGGUUCUACGGUUGCUUUUUGCUGUGUGGUUAUUCUGGAGUUAUGUCGUUUUAAGUUUGGCUCUUGUGUCGUGUCUUAGGGUAGUAUCAUGUAAUUGUAUUUUUGUUUGUGUCAUUCCAUUAAUAUAUGUUAG